CAAGACUUCCUCAAUCGCACGCGCAGCGAGCAGCAUUCAGCUUCAUAUUGUCGCGUUAUUGAAUGCUAUGUAUGGAGAGCGACAGAUGUGAUGAAUCGACUAAGAAAAGGCAACCUGAAACUCAGUUCCCGAUGGGACAUUAUAGCCUGUAUUGUCAAAAUCUAACGGGACCGUUAUUCAAACACUUCCUCAAGGCGGUGCAUUGUGAGUAGAGUAAAGGUUACACCUAGUUUCUCAUUUUUUAACUAGGAGCAUGGAGGGCAUUUGUUUCGAGGUCAAACCCAGGGAUGACCCAAUCAAAGCUCAUCCUAUCUGUGCCCUUACACAAACACUUCCUGGAUCAGAGGGUAAGAGGAAGAAAGAAGAAGGGGAAGAGGAGAUUCAGUACAGGCUAACUCUAGUUGGAUCUUUGGCCAUACAUCCACAGACCACCAUGGCGAUGCUUCCCUGGGUGGUGGCUGAAAUACGGAGGCCCCGACUGCGGGAGAAGAACAGAAACCUUGAAUUCAAUGGUGCUCACUCUCCAGAGGUUCGAGAUCAACCUGUGGUAUUGCAGAUUUCAGCCAAUUCAGUGUGUUGCAUUCUGGACACAGCAGGCCCGGGGAAGCCAUGGGACCCAUUGCAACAUAUGGUUCUGUUUGAUCACAGGCCUCAUCGUAUCACCAAACUCAUUCACAACAGCCAAGAGCCCAGCUAUUUCGGCUGUCUGCUCAGAGAGGAGAAGAAAGCAGCCUGCUAUGUAUUCCGCUGCCAGGACCAGAUGAAG